CCGGCGCUGCUAUAGAACAUAUGGUAAAUGAGGGAUUUUCUGAUCGCCGUGGAGUACGUCCAAUUUCUGAAGGUGCUAACCGUGUAGCUGUAAUUAUUACAGAUGGGAGAAGCCAAGGCAAAAUUAAAAUAAAUAUUUCUUUAUUCCACUACGAUUUUAGAUAAUGUUACCCAACCAGCUAAAACAGCUAGAUCUUACCAAAUAAAUAUAUUUGCUAUUGGUGUUACUGAUCAUGUUUCUCCAACAGAAUUAGAAUUAAUUGCUGGUUCACCAAAUAGAUGGUUUUUGGUAGAAGGAUUUAAAGAUUUAAAUACACGUUUGCGUUCUCUUGUUCAAAAAUUGGCAUGUCCAACACCUCCACAUAUUCCAAAUCCUCCCAAUGGAUUAUGUAGUCCAGAUACACAAGAAGGUUGUGAUAGAACUUUGGGACAAAUUUGUCAACUUGUUGGAGGACAGUCAACCUACUUGCCAAUGCCCGGAUGACUUCCCUGCCCACCCUAAAACAAAAAUUUGUGGUGGGGAUAUUUGUAACCAAGAAGUAGCUACUACAUGUCCAAAUCCUGAAAUAUGUAGACGUACUCCUCUAGGAAAUUAUCGUUGUGUUUGUCCAACAGGAUUUGUGCGAGAAUCUCGUUCAGGCGUUUGUAUUUCCACUAAAGCCCAACCUAUGCCUCCUGCACCUCCAUGUUAUGGAGGAAAAAUAUUGAAUCCGAGGACUGCCAAAUGUCUUUCUCCUGGAGAAUGUGAUCCUUCAGAUGUUUAUUCGUGUGAUUUACGUAAACGAGAAAGGUGUUUACCUAAUCAACAACAAGUUGCCCCUGCUGAGGUUAGCAGUAAUGUAGAACAGACUUAUAAAAGGCAUAGAAAACGUAAUGAACCGACUUACGCAACAAGAGCCCCAAUUACCUACUCGUUGAGUGCCGAAUACACUUGCCAGUGUACAGCUGGGGAAAAACGGCACCCAAUCACUAAUGUUUGUUUGCGUAAUGAAUGUCUUCGAAAAGAGGAUAAUGAUUGCAAUGUAAAUGCCCAUUGUUAUGACACUGAUGAUAGUUAUUAUUGUGUUUAUAAAGCAGGUCGUGCUUGUGUUAAACCGCAAAGAUGUUCGGACGGUACUUCUCGUUGUUCACCAAAUGCAAUAUGUACAGACACAGAUUUUGGUAUUGAGUGCCGUUGUAAUCAAGGUUAUGUAGAUUUAUCGCCUAAUCGUCAACAUCAAUCCGGACUUGUUUGUGAAAAACAAAUUAAUGAAUGUGAUAAUAAUCCUUGCCCUCCAGGCACAAACUGUAUAAACACAGUUGACUCUUAUUAUUGUGCUUGUAAGCCUGGUUACACUGAUGUGGAUGCUUUAUAUAAUUCAAACAAUACUCACCCAAAUUGCCAACCAAAUAAAGCUGAAACUCAAAUAGGCUGCCCUGUUCCAUCUGAUUGUGAUAAAUAUGCAACUUGUAUUCCUUUAGCUUCUGGAUAUACUUGCCAUUGCAAUACUGGUUUUGAGGACAAAUCUAAUGACAGUGGAAAAUUGCCAGGGAGAGUUUGUGUUCCUUUAAUUGUUCCUCCAAAAACUUGUGGUGGGCAGAUUUGCCGUUCUGAAUUGGGUGAGGUUUGCAUUGGAGAUACUUGUGAUUGUCCUGAAGGGCAAAAAAGAUCUGGACCUAAUGAGAAAUGUUAUCAAGUUGAUGCCUUUACUUGGCCAAUUUGGGUUAUUAGAAAAUACCACAAUCCCCUUUUCUGCAAUUCUUCAUUUUCCAAUUCUUCAGAUGAAUUAUAUAAGGAAUAUAGUGAUUCUUUUAAUGGAGGAAUUAUUCAAAGUUUUGCUCAAAUACCUUUUAGUAAAUCUUUGGUUACUACAGAAGUAGCUAACUUGACUUGUCCUGAUCAGGGAAAUGGUAUUUUAUUCAAUACAAUAUUCUAUUUCCGUCAUGGUUCAUUACCAAAUCCACUCGGAGCAUUUAAUUCAUUAAUUAAUUGGAUAAAUAUACAAAAUGACCACCAAGUUGGAAGUAGCGGAUUAUAUUUAAAUCCUUACAAUGUUUGUGCUGCCAAAAUAGAAAAUUGUAAAAAUUGUGAAAAUUCCACUACAGGAUAUACUUGCAGUUGUCCUCCUGGAUUUGUUGAUGGAAACGUAACAUCAAAUGAAUGGCAAACAGUUAUCUGUAAUGAAACAAUUGAUGCUACAACAAAUAAUACUGAAUGUACUUGUCAAUUACUGGCAGCUGCAUUGCCUCCAGCUGGCUCUUUGACUGCUUCACAUAUUCCUUUCAUUAUAUUCCUCAUUUUGGCAAUUAUAUUUUUAAUUUUAACACUUUGUUGUUGUUUAUAUCUUUGUUCUCGGUUGCAUUGUUUCCGUCGUCCAGCAGCAUCAAGUCAAGAAUCUCUUUACGGCCCUCUAACAAUACCUAGAGCUAAACUUGACGAAGAUCUGGGUUCUCUAGCAAGCAGUGAAUAUACUGUUCGGGAGGAAAUUGAGAGAAGGGUUACAACUGAGGUAACAAGAAUGGAAGAGCAAUUAGUUGGAGGAGAAACAGUUUAUGAAGAACAUGUUGGAGAUAGAUCUGAUGCUUUCAGACAAAGCCGUUCUGGAGAGUUUUAUUCUUCAGGAGGAGGUGGUGGGGGAGGAGGUGAAUAUUCAAGUGGUGGAGGGACAGAAAGAUUUGGUAGCCAAACAAGAGAAAGAGGGGGUGGGGGCGGUGGUUAUUAUGCUUCUGCUUCUUCUACUGGAGGAGGGGAAGGAGGGGUUUCUGGUGCUCAUCAACGUCGUGAAUAUUAUUCUUCUUAUGGACGUUAA